AUGGCCAGCCAGCAGCCGCUAACGACGUACCUCCGACUCAGCUGCCCGCGGGCCCUGUCCCAAGCAACGACGCACCCAUUCCUCCGACUCGCGGGCACCGGCCAGCUGGGCAAGACGACGCUCUCGCAAUGGCUCUCCCAAGACAGACUGUACGCGCAGUCCUACGUACGCUUCACAGGCCUGCUGCUUUCCAAAAUCCGCCUCCCAACGCAUAACCCGGACAGCAGCAAGCCACGACACCCGACAGUCGAGAACCGGGCGUUCGACCUCCUCACGGACGCACUGGUGAAUAUCCGACGGGAACUGGCUUUCUUUGAAUCCACGGCGGACGGGUACGGGCUCGACCUGACGGCUUUGCCUGGCCCACAAUUGAGAACAGGACGAAUCCUAGUACCUUCUAAUGGUGAGCAGGCUAGGCCGUGCUCCGGGUCCUCGGCUGCAGAGGGGGGUGCGGACCUCAAGGCCGUGGAAACGGGGUGUUCUGUUUUCUUUGGUCCGAGUCAUGUCACGAAAGCGUAUAUCGAUCUGUUCAUGUCGGCGGGGAGUCCGGCUAUCACAUUGCUGGAAGGGUUUGUUGUCCUCUGGGCAACGGAGUAUUGUUAUCUCCAGGCAUGGAAAUAUGCAGCUUCGUUUGGAGAAUCAUCUGUUCAAGAAGAAGGCAAAGAAGAUGCAGAUGGUGGUGCGUUGCGUGACCACUUCAUACCUAACUGGUCGAGUGCGGAAUUCGAGGCCUUUGUCGAUACCAUCGGCGUCGUGCUGGAUGAGAUGGCCGCGCAGGUCAAGGGGGCCGAGGAGACGGAACGGCUGCGUGGCAAGUGUCUUGAGUGGUGGCGACAGGUGCUUUGGCUUGAAGCCCAGUUCUGGCCGGAUGUUGACGAGUAG